CACAUCUCCUCCCGACAUCCCCCACCUCGCUCGCCUCUUUCCCUUUCGCCCCAGCGCUCUCGCGUCAGACGGUUUCCCCAUCUCGCCCGCCCUUUAUCUUUUCCUCUUUUCCGGCUUCUUUUUCCGUCUCAUCUCGCCCCCGCCCGUCGCCUUCUACCUCUCGCACUCGCUUCACAUCUUUCCCCUUCUACUCCACUCCUGGGCCGGCCGCACUCUCCAUGCCCUCCCCGUGAAGCAAGCAGAUCCUUUUGCCUCCCUUAUUAGAGCUCGUUAUCCGCUAGUGCCAUGGAGAAGGAGAGGAAGCAGGGGUUCUUCGCCGCUCUAAAGGAGGAGGUGGUGCGGGGGCUGUCGCCGGCGAGGUCCCGCGGGAAGACCCCGGCCAGGAGCGCGUCGCCGGCAAGAAUGCUGAUCCCGCGCCGUCGCAAGGCGCCGCCGCCGCCGCCGGAGAAGCAGAUGGAGCAGCAGCAGUACCUUCCGGAGCAGCUCAUAGCGCGCUCUGGCAGCCUCCGACCGGGUGGCGAGGUGCUCGAGCCGCUCAUUGAGGGCCCCGACGCCGACCGCCUCGCCGCCGGCGACUUCGUCGGAGAGGACUCCGGCCGGCGGGAGGGGUUCGGUCACUGGGUCCGCGGCCACCUGACGCGCACCCCGUCCAUGGCCUCCGCCUCCACCGGCCCUGGCGGUUCGAGCGGCUCGUUCCGGCACUCCGACCUCCGCCUCCUCCUCGGCGUCAUGGGCGCUCCUCUCGCGCCCAUCUCGUCCAACCUGGCCGACCCGCUGCCCCUCCUCUCCAUCAAGGGCACCCCCAUUGAGUCGUCGUCCGCGCAGUACAUCCUGCAGCAGUACAUGGCGGCGUCCGGCGGCUACAAGAUGCUGCAGUCGGUGAGGAACGCGUACGCCAUGGGCAAGGUGCGGAUGGUGGCGUCCGAGUUCGAGACGGCCACGCGCGUCGUCAAGAACCGCGGGCCGAGCGGCCGCGGCGCCGCUGCCGUCGAGCAGGGCGGCUUCGUGCUGUGGACGAUGGCCCCCGGCAUGUGGUACGUCGAGCUCGCCGUCGGCGGCAGCAAGGUCCACGCCGGCUGCAACGGCCGCCUUGUCUGGCGCCACACCCCUUGGCUCGGUGCCCACGCCGCGAAAGGCCCGGUUCGCCCCCUCCGCCGCGUCCUGCAGGGUCUUGAUCCGCUUACCACAGCCGGCCUGUUCGCGGAGGCGCGUUGCGUGGGCGAGAAGAAGGUGAACGGCGAGGACUGCUUCAUCCUGAAGCUGUCGGCGGACCCGCAGACGCUGAAGCUGCGGAGCGAGGGGCCGGCGGAGAUCAUCCGGCACGUGCUGUUCGGCUACUUCAGCCAGCGCACCGGGCUCAUCGUGCACAUCGAGGACUCGCACCUGACCCGCAUCCAGCCGCACUCCGGCGGCGACGCCGUGUACUGGGAGACCACCAUCAGCUCGUGCCUGGAGGACUACCGCGCCGUGGAGGGCAUCAUGAUCGCGCACGCCGGGCGGUCCGCCGUGACGCUGUUCCGGUUCGGCGAGGCGGCCAUGAGCCACACCAAGACGCGGAUGGAGGAGGCCUGGAGCAUCGAGGAGGUGGCCUUCAACGUGCCGGGGCUGUCGGUGGACUGCUUCAUCCCGCCGGCCGACAUCAGGUCCGGCUCCGUGGGCGAGGCCUGCGAGCUGCCGCCGCACGGCGACCGCGCCAAGUCCACCGCCGUGCACCCCGCCCGCGUCGCGGCGGCCGCAGAGCGCACCCACGCGCACGGCGUGAAUGCCGGCUCCGGAGGCCGCGGCGAGAAGAUCGUGUGGAGAGUGGAAGUAUAAGGAGCAGACUCGGAGUGAAGAAUUAGCCGCAGUUGCUAGCUAGUCAGUCUGCCUGCUGGUAGAGAUAAAUUAAAUUAAACCAGUGCAAUUUGUUCAUACUACUAGAGAUCGAGCUCGAUUUUCCUCUGCCUGCCUGCCUAGUGAAUCAUCAUGAGACACUUGUUCUAACUCGUUGCUUCGAGUUCUUCAUCCGUCCAUCUUCUCUGUAAAUAGGAGCAUAAAUGUUGAUUCUGAGGCCGCUCGUGUCGCCUGGCCUGGAUGAA